AUGAAACACCGUCUCCAGAUCAACCCCCUGGUUGCCGAGCCCGCGACUCGCGACCACGAUCGCGUCCAUGCGCCGCCUGAAUCCCUGCCGCCCGCCAGCGCGACCAAACUCCACCCCACCAACGCCGGGGGAGAGAAUGCCCGUCUGUUCUUCGUGGGCACCGCAACCACCAUCCUAGAAUGGGAGGGCAUCCGUCUCAUGACCGACCCCAACUUCCUGCACGCCGGCGACCACGUCCACCUCGGUCCCGGCGUGACAGCGACGCGCCAAACCAAUCCCGCCGUCGACCUGCACGCACUACCGCGCAUCGACCUUGUCCUCCUCUCGCACUACCACGCCGACCACUUCGACCAGCACGUCGAGGCCUCGCUGCGUCGCGACCUGCCCAUCAUUACGACGCCGCACGCGCGCGAGCACCUCGCAGUCAAGAAGCCGGCCGCCGACGCCUUUACGCAGGUCUACGACCUCGACUUCUUCGAGAGCGCCGUCGUCGAUGUCGUCAAGCCGCCGCCUGACGUCGAUGACCAAGGCAAGCCUACCACUGCGCGCCGUGAGCCCGCCAUCAAGGUCACGGGUAUGCCGGGGAAGCACGUCCCGCCGGGGCCGCUGAGUGUCGCCAACGAGCUGCUCGGAGCCGUCCCGCCCACCAACGGCUGGAUGCUCGAACUGGGAUACCGCACCUCUUCGCCGGCUGAGAACGACGGCUUCGAGUGCGGCUACCGCGUUUACAUCUCCGGCGACACGCUCAACGUGCCCGAGCUGCGCGAGAUCCCGCAGCGUUACACGGAUGCCGGAUACCCCGUCGACCUGAUGCUGGUGCACCUGGGCGGGACGACGAUUCCCGGGCCGUCGAUGCCGCUGCUCAUGGUUACUAUGGAUGCGAAGCAGGGUGUUGAUCUGAUCAGGCUGGUGAGGCCGGACGUGACGAUUCCUAUUCACUACGAUGACUACGACGUCUUCCUCAGCCCGUUGGAAGACUUCAAGAAAGCGGUCGAAGAGGCCGGCUUGAACGACAAGGUUGUGUACCUCGACAGGAAGGACGAGUACAACUUCCGGGUGCAGUAGAACCAAACUGGCAGCGACGCGGGUGCCGAGGGUCUAGCUCGCCGUGGUCGCAGGGUAAGAUUGUGUAAGUGGGCCAGCUGGUAGCUGAAAAACGCCGUGUGAACGCAACCAUAGUUCCAAAAAAUAAUGUCGAUUAUGACUUUCUGUGACGACGUUGGCACAGGAGAGCGGAGGAGAGGAGAGAGAAGUAGAGGAAAAAGAACAGUGGAAGACACAGCAAAAGCCAGACGUGCCUAGCUAUCGAGUCGCUUAGAAGUCUA